CUCCAUGCUCCUUAGUGUUCACCGAGCACGAACACCUUCAAUCGGCUCUCAUCCAGGUCUUUGUUUGCUCAAGCUCAACACGAACACUGACAAGCUCAAACACAAUAUGUCUGUCUGGAGUGUGUUUAUAUUCGUUUGGUCUUGUAAACUUCUCUGUGGGCUGAGACAAAGCAGACAGGAGGACAAAGGAAAGGAGGAAUUACUUUCUGAUCUCGGCAUUAUUGAUUAUUAUUAUCUAUAAACUUCUUUUUUUAUAUCAGAUUUUUUUUCCAGAGAGAUAUUAAUGACGUCAUAUAGUGAUUUUGCUUUAUAACUGUUGCUGCUGUAGAAACAAUAUUGAGUUCUCCGUCAGGCUUGGAAAGGGAGGGGUGAACAGAGGGGCAUGUUGUUGCUUGCAAUCGGCAACAUCACCACUAGUUGCCACUAAAUCACUUACUAACAUUUCUAAAACACACACCAUAUGGAUUUUAAAUACCUAUUUUGUUGCUCUACAUGAAUAUUGUAAAUUGAUUAAUGUAUUGACUCCUAAUUAUCGAAAAUGGCAAUUAUGUUUCUCUGUUUAUACUGAUUUCUACCCUACUGAUUUCAGCCCUCCAAGUACUGGGACUAUUUGAAUUGUCCGUACGUUGACUCGACUCUCUCUUUCUACGGCUCUGGCUAGUCCGGAGUCUACGUCAUGAAUCCCAACCCGCUGAUUGGCUGUUUGCUUCGUGGCCUGGCAACCAGAAGAGGCUUUACCAAACAAGCAUUCGAGCUAGCUCCGACCCGCUGGCUGCUGCCGACUAAUCUGGAGAGAUUCAACCCGUCCAGAUACCAUCAUGUCCUCACGAACUCUGCCUCUGCUGUUCAUUAACCUCGGUGGAGAAAUGCUGUACAUCCUGGACCAACGGCUUCGAGCUCAGAACAUCCCCGCUGACAAAGCCAAGAAAGCUGGCUGGAUAGAGGAUGACAGAAGGAGAGUUAUGAAUGACAUCAUCACCACCAUGUUCAACAAAAAGUUCCUCGAAGAGCUUUUCAAGCCACAGGAGCUUUACUCCAAAAAAGCCCUGCGGACUGUGUUCGACAGGCUCGCCCAUGCCUCAAUAAUGAGACUGAAUCAAGCCAGCAUGGACAAGCUCUAUGACUUGAUGACCAUGGCUUUCAAGUACCAGGUGCUUCUCUGUCCCCGACCGAAGGACAUCCUUCUCGUCUCCUUCAACCACAUGGAUGCGAUCAAAGACUUUGUGAAAGACACUCCCAGCAUUCUCAGCCAGGUGGACGAGACCUACCGGCAGCUCGUAGAGAUGUAUACAACCUUGUCUAGUGGAGAAUUCCAGCUGAUCAGACAAACUCUCCUUAUCUUCUUCCAAGAUAUGCAUAUAAGAGUGUCUAUUUUCCUCAAAGAUAAAGUGCAGAACUCUAAUGGCCGCUUUGUACUCCCCACCAAUGGCCCUGUGCCUUAUGGAACACAAGUCCCAGGUUUGAUAAGGAUGUUUAGCUGCGCUGGUGAAGAGGUGACCAGGCGGCAGUUCAGUAACGGAGGAAACUAUACCGCUGCUCUCCGGGAGGGAUCUUUUGAGAUAUUUGGAGACCGGGUCACCAAACUAGGCACAAACAUGUACAGUGUGAGCCGCCCAGUGGAAACCCACCUGUCAGGAACAUCUAAAAACUCUGCUCAGCACACAAAGGUCAACGUUGCUCCCAAUCCUCUCGCCAAAGAGGAGUUGAACCUGUUGGCCAGGUUAAUGGGAGGGUUAGAGGUUCAGAAGCUAGGAAAUGCAGACAGCGGCUUCCGAGUCAACCUCUUUUCCACCGACGAGGAAGAAGAAGAGGCAUUAAUAUCAAGACCAGAUGACCUCUUAUAUGGAGUCAUAAACAUCCAAGCAACGAAGGACCAGCAGGCCAAUGCAGAGCUGGCCAAGAUCAUGGGGGAGUUCACCGAGUCUGGGGAUCAAUCGCCCAGUUCCAUCAGCAAAGGAGAUGACCUUCUGGCCAUGAUGGACGGGCUGUGACAUGGUCACCCUGAGUGGGGCACAUUGCAUCGUCAACAGUACGUUCAACUGAGGACCAGUCUGCUGUCUGUACCUGCAGACACACUGCACAAACCUCAGAUGCAGUUAGAAAUCCUUCUUUAAAAUGCAGAUGUGAUUCAGUGUUUCCAUUGAUUGUCAAGUGACCAACUGCAAACUGCAAAUUUGCAUAGUUAAGUUGCAAAUAAUGUGGGGAGCCCAGCUUUGAGCUGUAAGACACUAUAAUCUGAUGUUUCAGUGCAUCAAAAUAUACAAUGGGCCGAUGUCAGUGUGUUAAACAUGUGUAUGUGUGAAUUGACUGAAACGGUCUUUUUGGAGUUGGUCUGCGCUCCAGCACACAAAACACAUAUUUCUUUAAUUUCACACAAUGUCAUUUAUCUUAAAUGUUAAUUAUACAUCUAAGUUGAUUUGAUUAUGUAUGGUCCGUAAUUCCAUGUUCCACAGUGUGAGCAUGGAAUUUGUUACCUACUGCUGUAUUUUAAUAAACAUAUAAUGAUAUUGUGGGGGAAUCUGAGGAAACCCAAGUGCUCUUUCUAAUGUGAUUUGAAUUUCCUCAAAUCUUUAUUUUGGUAAGAAAUAUGCUUGUCUUGCGUCACACUGUAUGUACUUCCUUAAAACACUAUGAGGAGCAACUUGUGAGGCAUUUCUCACUAUCCUGUGAUGUUUAUAGUCUUAACGGAUGACCCAGAAAUGUGCUCAUUGAUAAGUAUGUUAUUAUGAUGGAUGUACAUAUAUGUAUAUAUGUUUAUUGCAUACUUUAUUUAUUCAAAUGUAUUAUUUUAUUUGUAUAGACAUUGCAACAGUCAGUAAAUUGUUAAAUGUGGCAUGUAGGAUUUUUAAUAAAUAGAUGAAAACA